AUGAAUUGGCGAUCAGAACACAUAUGGGUAGAACUUCUAAAAGGUUCUCGAAAAAGGGGUAAUUUUUUCUGGGCCUCUAUUCUUUUUCUAGGUUCACUAGGAUUCUUAUCAGUUGGGGUUUCCAGUUAUCUUGGUAAGAAUAUGAUAUCUAUACUUCCAUCUCAACAAAUUCUUUUUUUUCCGCAGGGAGUCGUGAUGUCUUUCUACGGAAUCGCGGGCUUAUUCAUUAGCUCCUACUUGUGGUGUGCUAUUUUGUGGAAUGUAGGUAGUGGUUAUGACCGAUUCGAUAGAAAAGAGGGAAUCGUGUGCAUUUUUCGUUGGGGAUUCCCUGGAAUAAAACGUCGCGUCUUCCUUCGAUUCCUUAUGCGGGAUAUCCAAUCAAUUAGAAUUCAGGUUAAAGAGGGUUUUUAUCCUCGUCGUAUCCUUUAUAUGGAAAUCCGGGGCCAGGGGGUCAUUCCCUUGACUCGUACUGAUGAUAAGUUUUUUACUCCACGAGAAAUUGAACAAAAAGCUGCCGAAUUGGCCUAUUUCUUGCGCGUACCAAUUGAAGUAUUUUGA